AAUAUUAUCUUCAUGUGACUGAAGAUAACACGUGAUCACAAAUCAACGCCUAUGCAACUGGUCCAGACGAGCUGUUGAGCGAGAAGAGGAAGGUUAGGAAGACAGUUGAAGCGGAGGAAUGGAAAUGAGCAGAUUGGUGGUGGUACUGACUGCUGUAAUCACCAGUCAACUUGCUUGGUCUCCUGUUUUUGCGAUAGACAAGUGUAAUACAGAAUAUGAAACCACUUGUGUCAGAAAAGUAAGCUGCUCCUUUCAUGACAAGAUCGUCGAAGAGAGGAGAGAAUUUAGGAUCGAGUACAAAAAUCCUGGUCAAAAGGAAGAAGUCAUCGCAACGUGUGAGUGGCGCAACGGGCAAUUUUCUUGUGACCCAGCCAAGGGUUACACGUGUGACGAGCAGCCGAGCAACAACUUUUCUGUCCUCAUAGACACUGCACAAAAAUGUCUGACUGAUGGAGAAAUUCUGUUUGAUGUGGCUCACGAACAAAUCAUCAGAUGUAAUCUGUCAAAUGGAGUUGGCAAUGGCAACCCAAAAAUUGAAAGUGAAAAAAGACCAGGGAGCACAAACAAACUUCAGAGUGGACAAGAGGGGAAUGGUGUGACUGUUGGUGUCAGCUCUGCCUUUGUCAUAGUCGUCCUCCUUGUACUUGUCAUUCUUGCAGCUUUCUUUUGGAGGAGACUACACCAACGAAGAACAAAGCAGACGAAUAACCAUGACGUGGAAAAAGGUGAUCCCGUCAAUGAAAAAGAAAAGUGUCUAAAAACCAGAGACGACAAUGAAAUCAGUGAGGAAUGAAGACGCUUUGGAUGCUCCGUAAAUUUACUCCAAUUCUGGAGGAUCAAGUAUUGUGUAAGACACUGAGCGCCAUGUGUAUUAUGAGCUGCAAGUCUCGACUGCUUAGCAACGAAAAACAAUUUCAUGUGACAUGAAAUCAAAGUGCUUUUACUUGGCAGAGAACAAUGGUGCUCUGAAUUAACAGAAAAUAUAGUUUAUAAGAAAUUAGAAACAUUUUUUAAAUCGCAGAAACAACAGUAGUAUUUAAGUCGAAGAAACAGUGGGUUUUUUUUUCAAGUCAAAGGAAACAGUAUUUUUAGGAUAGAGAGUGUUUCAAUCAUGUCCUUAAGAAAGAUUGCGAGAUUGAAUACAACACUGAAAUAAUUACUGUCGUCUGUUCUACCUAGUUACACAUCAGCAGACAAAAGGAAAUGUUCAGUCUUUACUUUGUUUGAAAUGUUUAAGCAACUUGAAUAUUGACCAGGGUCUAUCAUGUGUUAUAAAUUACUAAUUCAUUGUAAGGUCAUUAACAAUACAUGUCCAAGACAGUUUAGAGUGCUACGAUGAAGCCCCAGAGUGUUUUAGCUCACACCAUUGUUUUACUGUAACAAGGCUAUCUAGUCAACUAAGAGAUGUGGAGGGGAUUGGUUCACAAGGUUUUCAGCCAAACUUUGAGGUCUGCUCAGUCAGGUGAGACAUCAAGACAACACCAAUGUGAUGUUAGAGUAAAACUGCAUUUUACGUGGUUGGACACAUGCAGACAUUGAAGCAGCAUUGACAUUGUCUGCGUCUGUGUUUUUCUCCUGUUUUUAGUUUUUGCUCUCUAUUUCUGUGUACAUAUGUAUAUAAAGAGUUUUCCCGAACAUUUUCAGGACGUGGGGAAAUGAAGUGAUGUAGACCUCACUUUUUUCAGGAACAGUCGCUUUCUCUCACUCUAUCACUUGCUAUCAAACUGCCAACCAACACCAGAGUGAUACGAGUUAGUUCUUUCUGAAAUGCAUUUUUUAAAUUUAAACAAAUGGUGAUUAUUAGGUUAAAGAAGCAAUUAAAAUGAUUCCUUUAAAAAUACAUCUUUUCGUAAUUCUUUAUGGAAUAAACUGAAACCCCAUUUCCUUUGUAUAUAAUCAAAUUAAUUUUGGGAAGUAAAUAAAAUAUUUCUUUCUAACGCUGAGAGGAGAUCUGAAAGAUCUGAAAUUUUUUUUAUGUAUAUUGGUAAAAGGAAUUUGCUGGGUCACACGCAGAUUGUAUAUUCUAAAUGCAAUAAAUUCCUUUUCACGAAACUAGUUUUGCUAAAUGAACAUGUAUGGUGCAGAGAAGUAGGUGCAUGUGCUGUUAAAAUGCAUAACUGUUUUAACACUACUCGAUGCAGAUUCUGAUUGUCUUUCCAUCUUUAAGUUUAAGUUUAAGACACAUCUUGUAAGGACGACGACUUCCCUGUGACCAUGUCUUGACCAUAAAAGUGCAUGACUGUGUCUGUAAUUUUCUAUGUGUGUAAACCAUUAUCUUUGUAGA